CGUAUUUUAGACUCCUCCUCUUGGAUAAAGGAGGACCGUUGACUUAGCAAAGUAGCAAACUCACUCUAAAUCUCAGAAACAAAACCAACCAGUUGAACUGUUCAGCUGAACCAGCUCACGGUACCCACCGACAGUAACACUAACGGUAACGGUAACCGAAACUGCAUCCACACUGUAACAAACAAUGCAAGUAGACCCAACACCGCCGCCGUCAACGGCACCGCUCCUCCCGCUCUCUCCUCGCUCCUUCUCCUCCACCACCGCUUGCCUCCGACCUCUCGUCUUCACCUCCCUCUUAACCACCACCUGCAUCUCCAUCUCCGCCGCCCUCAUCCACACUCCCGCCCUCUCAAAAAGCUCCACCACCCCACCGUCAUCCUCAUCUCCUCCGACGGUUUCCGCUUCGGUUACCACCUCAAGUCCCCAAACCUCCCUACCCUCCGCCGCCUAAUCUCCAACGGCACCUCCGCCUCCGCCGGCCUCGUCCCGGUGUUCCCAUCCCUCACCUUUCCCAACCACUACUCCAUCGUCACCGGCCUCUACCCUCCCUACCAUGGCAUCAUCAACAACUACUUCUACGAUCCAAUCACCAACGAGAAAUUCACCAUGACAAGCCACGAACCUAAAUGGUGGUUAGGUCAUCCGUUAUGGGAAACCGUCGUCUCCAACGGUUUGAAAGCUGCCACGUAUUUCUGGCCAGGUUCUGAAGUUGUUAAAGGUCAGUGGAAUUGUCCUGUGAAUUUUUGUGCGCACUAUAAUGAAUCUGUUCCUUUUGAUGAUAGGGUUGAUACGGUUUUAGGGUAUUUUGAUUUACCAAUUGAUGAGAUUCCUUCUUUUAUUACAUUGUAUUUUGAGGAUCCUGAUCAUCAGGGUCACCAGGUUGGUCCUGAUGAUCCUAGAAUUACUAGGGCUGUUGAGAAUAUUGAUAGGGUUUUGGGGAGGUUGGUGAAGGGGUUGGAGAAAAGAGGGGUUUUUGAUGAUGUUAGUCUUGUUUUGGUUGGUGAUCAUGGCAUGGUUGGAACAUGUGAUAAAAAGAUUGUAGCUUUGGCGGAUUUGAGUCCCUGGGUUGAGAUUCCGGCCAAUUGGGUGCAUUCGCUGACGCCUUUGCUCGCGAUUAAGCCGCCGGAAGGGGUUGAUCCGGCAGGGGUUGUCGCCAAGAUGAACGAAGGGUUGAGUUCUGGGAAGGUUGAGAAUGGUGAGUUUCUCAAGGUAUACUUGAAAGAGGACUUGCCUAAGAGGUUGCAUUAUGCGGCAAGCGACCGGAUUCCACCGAUAAUUGGGUUGCUUGAGGAAGGUUUUACGAUCGAGAUGAAGAGGAGCAGUGCCAAGGAGUGCGCCGGGGCGCAUGGCUAUGACAAUUCCUUCCUGUCAAUGAGGACUAUUUUCAUUGCUCAUGGUCCUCAGUUUGAGAGAGGAAGGUUAAUACCAUCUUUUGAGAAUGUUCAGAUUUACAAUUUGGUUACUUCUAUACUCAACAUAAAGGGUGCUUCCAACAAUGGUUCUGCUUCAUUUCCUGAGUCUGUUCUUCUACCUCCUGCUCCGGCUGCCAUGUGAGUGUUUGAUCAGAAUCAUGAACACCACAUCAGAUGUUGUAGCAGAAAGAAUGUGUAUGAUGUACUUUCAUUCUUCUGGGAUUGAACUGUUACAUUGUUUAAAUUGCUUAGUCCUUUUCAUAAUUGUACUCUCUAGAAAGGAUAGAGACUGUGAAUUAUGAGAUGUUGCUGAAAUAAUUGGCAUCAUCAUGUACUUUGAUUCUUCAAGUUGCUUUAGUUAAACCAUCUUUAAUUGCACAUGAUUGUAGUUUAGUUUAGUCUAAUUCAGUGAAUAAAUGGCUGUCUUCACAAA